GUCACUGGGUACACGUGUCACGUAUAUCGAAAGCUAGCGUCCUACGUCUCUGUGCGCUUGCCUUAUAUGAGAGAACCCAUUCUUUAUUCCCAUGAUGAUAAAUAGAUAACUCUCAAAUUGUUCCUCGUGGAUCACUUUAUUACACUAACAGCGAAGAGAGAUAGAUAGACUUCACUAAUCUUUCCGACACAUCGGAGACAGAGACCAACGAACGUUUUAAAGACGUGGGAAAAUCAUUGGGCGAAUAGAAUAAUGGCUCGUUGUGGAGGGAGAUCACUGAUCUCGUCCUUACUUCUUCUUCUGGUCGCGUUGUUAACCAUAUCACCGAGCCACGGCUUUGUUAAGACCGAGAAGAAGAUAAAGUCUGCAUCUUUCUUAUCGCCAAAGCUAGUGAUGAAUCCAGGAUCAGUCGCGAAUCCUUUCCUCUUCGACAUCGAUUUCCCCAGAGGUCAUAUCGGCAUCAAAGGCUUCGAUGCUGAAGUUGUUGACCAAGACGGUAACCCCGUCCCUCUACACCAGACUUAUCUUCACCACUGGCUUGUUCAACCUUACUACGUACGCAAAGGUUUUAACCUUUCUCAGCGAGACAUGCCUAGGAACCACGGUUUCUCCAGGCAUCUUGGUUCCAAACCUGAUUACAUUCUUGUUAGGAAUGGUGGUCUGUGCAGGAACACUGUCAGACAUUUCUUCGGGUUAGGAUCAGAAACCCGCAAAACCUCCACGCGUGUUCCUGAUCCUUACGCGAUUGAAAUCGAUAAUCCAGAGGAAACACCUGACGGGUAUGAGUUCAAAUGGCUUCUCAACAUUCACGCGAUUGACACGCGGGAUGUUGUGGAUAAAUCAGGAUGCACGGAGUGCAGGUGUGAUCUCUAUAAUGUAACGAUUGAUGAGUACGGCCGAGCUAUAAAACCGGAUUACAAAGGUGGUUUGUACUGCUGCUAUGAUAAGACUCAGUGUUUGUUGAGAAACGGGUUUGACAGUGUGGAUGAGAAAACAAGAACUCUGUAUCUUAAGUAUACCGUGAGAUGGGUUGAUUGGGACAGCUCGGUGGUGCCCGCUAAGGUUUAUAUUCUCGACGUUACGGAUUCCUGGGAACCAUCCGGUGAUAGCCAAGAACAUUUUUGCCAUGUGGAAUAUGAGGUGAAACCAUGCAAAACCAAUGGCGAUGGAUGUGUUGACGUUAAGAAGAAGAGCUUAAUGAUGCCGUUUAACGGGUAUAUUGUCUACGGUGCAGCUCACCAGCACGCAGGUGGUAUCGGUGCUGCUCUAUACCGAGAGGACGGUGAGGGGAUCUGCACUUCGAUGCCCAAGUAUGGAAAUGCAGACGAGCCUGGAAACGAAGCUGGUUACAUUGUUGGAAUGUCUUCUUGUUAUCCUGAUGAACCGGUGAAAGUGACUUCUGGAGAGACACUGACUUUGGAGUUCAAUUACAGUAGUGCUGUUGGUCAUACCGGAGUUAUGGGACUCUUUUACAUCCUAGUCACUCAGCAGCUGCCUGAACAAGAGAGCUCCUUGCCUGCACUUUUCCAGGCACAUACGAAAAGCGUGAGCUUUCUAAGCUUUCUUGCUGCGACGGUGGUGGUGGCGGUUGUGGUUCUAAUUGCUGCUGUGGUAUACCGGAGACAGAAGCGGGAAGAUGGCUACCAAUCACUUAGCACCUGAAGAGUAAAACUAUAUAUAUAUAUAGGCUAUUAUAUAAUCUGUUCUUUUUUUCCCUUUUAUACCACAUAAUUAAAAUAAAAGAAGAAAAGAAUAUGUUGUUGUCCACUGAUAUUUGGUAAUGGUACUCACGUGCAAGAAGUUUUUUGUAAUGGUCACACACUAUACGCAAUGGUGUAUAGACUUGUAUGUUAUAGCAACUCUUUCUAUAUUUAUCACCUUGUUCGUCA